AUGGCUGAACGAUGGAAUGACAAUUUUAAUCCUUCGACAAGCAAUUCCACCAAAAAAACUGAGUCUUCCGAUAAACGACCCACCACACGGAGAGUACAUGGUGUAGCACAAAUGAAUUUGUCUAAUUAUGACUUAAAUAAACCAUUACACACAAACAGUUCAACAAGUGGACUUAACAAAUCUUCUGGUAAUACAAUAAUAAAAACGUUUAAUUAAAAAUACCGUCAUUGUCAUGAUAAUUUUGGCUGAGCAUAAUAGUUUUAUAAUUUUUCAUUUUAAUUUGAUUUUUCUUUGUUUUGUUUUUAGUUCAAUUUUCAACGGAAAGCAAUAAAGGAAAAUCUAUUGACCAAUUUUCUAGAAGUAUGAAUAGUAUGCCUACAAAUAAUCAAAUGCAUUCACAAAAAUCUCUGUCAGAUGAUGACAUUUCUAUGCAUAUAAAGACCAUUUGGGAAGUAUGUAAGUCAUCACAACACACUAAUUUAUAUUCACAAUUUAAUUACCUUUAUAAUUAAACAUUUUUAGUGAAAAGUAUGGCUAUUGUUUUUAAAAAAUGUAUAUUUUAACAUUAUGUAUUAUAAAACCUUUUAGGGAAACGAAGUAAAGUUUUAACCGAUGCAUUGAGAAAUAUUUUUGAAACUAGUAUAAAUCCGUAUGUUUCCUUAUUGAAAUUAAUACAUGCCAUAUCAGAAGAUAGAGUGAAAGGCAAAGCUAGUACAUUGGUGCAUGCAAGUAUGUAAAUUAAUUUUUUUCAUUUUUUGUUGUUUUAAUGAUUGUGUUACAUUUACAUUUUUACUGAUUUAUAGUAACCGAUGAAUUUUACAAAUGGAUCAAAUUUAAAGACAGUGUACAUUAUGAACAUAUUCUAACUGAUGAGUUAAAAAUUGAAGCAUUUAAAAUGACACUUAACAAAAGAAUAUGUCCAAAAACAAUGAACACAAUCGUUAAAAUUUUCAAGUGCAAUAUGUGUUUAGAUAUUAUGGAAGGAUUAAUAAGAGAAUCAAUAAAGCAAAAACAAUUUAAAGAAGUAAAUUAUUGAUUUCUAAUUAUAAUAAGUAUUUUAAUAGUAUUAACAAUACUAAAAAGUAUACAAUUUUAAUUUUGUAGGCAUGUUAUGCUACGAUUAGUUUAAAUAUACAAAAUAAGUUUACUGUUGAAGAUUUCUUAAUUCCAUUAUAUUUUAUAAACUUGGUCUCUGUGACAGAGGAAUUUUUAGUUACGACUAAAUUUCAACAAGAGGCUGUGGUGAAAUAUUUUGACAAUUUGUUAGUGGAAGAUAAGGAUUGUUUAUAUCAUUUAGCUAAGUAUGAAUAUCCAAUGUAUGAAUAUAAUUUAUAAUUACUCAAAACAUUUGACCAAUCUUAGUUAAGUAAUUUUAAAAUUUGUAUUUUUCUUUAAAUCAUCUCAUUUCUGAUUAUGUUUAGAAAUUGUGAUGUAAUUUUAUUUGAUUUAUUGUGUAUUGAUUUGACCAACACCGUGUUCAAAUUUUUUUUUUACAUUAUUUAAUAAUUUAAUUUUACUAUUUUUUCAGUCGUCUAAAUAUUAUACCAAUUAAUAACAACUUUUCUAAUAAAAAUCAAAUUAAAACAAAUUUAUCGAGGAUCAUGAAAAAAUACAAUAUCCCUAGCGAGUUAGCACCUCAUAUUACCAAAGAAAAGAAAAUGGGAGCUCUAAGGUUCAUGUUUCGUCGUUAUCGAUCUGGUGUUACUGGUAAAAUACAGUUUCUAUUAUUUAUAUUUAAACAAAAUUCACUUUUUAUUUUAAUUGUCUUUUAAAGGUAUUGAUGGUUGGAGAGAAAUGGCGAUGGAAUCAAUUGGUAAUGAUAAGGAUAUGAUGUUUGAAGUCAUCCAAAUGUUAGACAAAUAUGGUGACAUUCAAGAGGCUAUUUAUUUUGCUAAUUUAUUUUCCAUUGAUUCCUCUUUAUUGUCACCAAGUAUACAACAGGAGUUAUUAUUUAGUGAAAAUGCGUAUGUAUAAAAUACUCUUAUUAGGUAUUAUAAAUAACAUAAUUUAGUAUGUUUUCUUAACUAUUAGGAGUGCUGCUGUAGAGAAAUCAUUGCCCUUUGAAGAAAACUCAACUGUAGAGUAUCAUGAAUUAUCUUUAUCUGAAAAACAAAUUCAUAUAAUUGAUUGUGGAUCAAAGUUUAAUGAAUUUUUAGAUAAAAUUAAUGUUGAAUUGUUUGAUACGCAUUUAAAUGUUUUGGGUCUGGAUUGUGAAUGGAAACCAGAAUUAACACGCAAUAAGAGUGAUUUAGCUUCCAUUCAACUGGCUACAGUUGAUUCUAUUUACAUAUUUCAUAUACCACAAUUGCAACCUGCUGAACAUUUUAAGCUUCAUUGGCAUGAAUUUUCUAUGAACAUAUUCAGUAAUAUAAAUAUAUUAAAAUUAGGCAAGUACAAGCAUAUACAUUUUUUUUUUAUACAGAUUUUCUUUUUUAAGUGUCUCACCGUAUUUUACGGAUUUUUCUAGCACUGUUAAUAUUAAAUUUUUUCUAUCGGUUUGUCUUCAAGGGGGACAUCAAUUUGGAGUAAAAUUAAAUUUUUAUUUCCAUCCCAUAAACAAAAACAAAAUAGCCAUUUUGUAAAAAAAUAUUCUAAAUAUUUUAAUAUAUCAUAUAUUCAUAUUCGAUUUGUAGUUUCUUAAUUAUAGCCAUUUUAAUUUCUAAAAAAUAGAAGUGAAAGUAAUUAAUAUUCAAUAGAAGGUAAAGAAUUACUGCCUUGAUUUUAAUUUCUUAUGGCAUAACAUGUUAUUUUAUUGAAUAUUAAUUGUUUUCAUGCUUAAAUAAAAUAGCUAUAACUAUGAAAUUAUUCAUUCAAUAUGAAUGUGUGAUAACUUAUAAUUUUUUGAAUAAUAUAUUUUACAAAAUGGCUAUUUUGAAAAUAUAAAUAAAAAGUUAUUUUUAUUGUCUUUAGGGGAUGAAAAUAAAAAUUUUAUUUUUCUCCAAAUUGAUGUCCCCUUGAAGACAAACCAAUUGCAAACAAAAAUCCGUCGAACACCAUUGGACACAUUGUAUAUAAGUAAACCUGUAUUAAAUUACAGAAGUGGAUUAUUUUCACUUAUUUUAUUAUUAAAAUGGAAUCAUGUCAUUUGAUUAAUAGAUUUAAAUUAUAUACUUAUUGUUUAUAGUUAAAAACAUACUGAUUUGAUUUAGGUUUUGAAUGGAAAGGUGAUGCAUCAAUGAUUAGAUCUACAUUGCCAAUUGAUAAUAUUCAGCUUAACGGGCCUGGGUUUGUUGAUAUUAAAUUGUUAUGGAAAGAACUAGAAGUCCAGUGGAAUUUAUUGCUGCCUUAUCAAAGUACUUAAUAUGUAGUUAAAUUUAGUUUAACUGUUACACUUUUACCUUAAAGUACAUAGAGAUGAUAUUAAUACAUAUAGAUUAUAAUAUAAAAAAGUAUAUAAUAAAACAGAGCUAAUGUUUCUAUUUACACAAAGAUACUUUUCCAAUUUAGUAGAUAUUUUCCAUUUAAAAUACUAUAUCUUUUUUAGACUUAAUAAGAUAAUAUUUUAUAUUCCUACUUUUAUAAACAAUUCAUGUAUUUGAUGCAAUUGUUUCAAACCAUGACAAUUUUAAUGUAAAAAGCUCUAAAAAAAAAAAAUUAAAAAUAAUUGUAAAUACCAAUACAACUCAUAAUAUGUCAGGUUAUAUUUUGUAUUAUGUAUUUAUUUAUUUUCAUAUAUAGGGUGCAGCACACAGAUUUGAAGUGACUUGUUCUUUACAAUAUUUUUGAAGUUUUAUUUGUUUUGUUAUAUUUAAUAGUGCUUUGUGUUGUAAUUUUUAUAUUUUAAAACAAAAUAACAAAUUUACAUUUUUGAACAAAACAUUGGUUUUACAAAUAUUUAAUAAUGAUGUAUGGUUAAUUUUCUAAAAAAAUUUUUAGAAAUGUAAGAUUGUUUAUAUUACUUUCACUACUACUACUAAAUAAUAUCUAUUGAUUGACCAAUUUGUCUAUCAAAAAAAAUUUUGUUAAAGAUUUUGUUGAAACUUAAUAAUUCAUUAUUAGUAAUAUUUUUCAUAUUUUAGUUUUUCAAAAAUUUAAAAUAGAGGAAUCAUAGUGCCAGUAUAAAAAAAAAGAGCCGAUACUGCCGAUUAUACUUUCCCUCUCCUCUUAAACUUCAAUUAUAACUGCCAAUGCCAGUACCUAACUUUUUUGGGCAAAGUACGAAAUACUAUACUACCUAUUUCUUAUCUUGCCCAGUCUUAUAUUGGGUAUAAUUUACUGAUUAACAUAUGUUGUAGAGCCAUGUGAGAUAAAAAGUUGAACUAUAACUACAAUUUUAGAUUCUGAGUUUUUAUUAUAAAGUAUGCUAUUUUUUUGUGUAUAUCUUGUAUAAUAUAUCUUAUUCUGAUUAUCAAUUUCAGAGGUGGUUUUAGGUAUCAAAUUUUGUCUUUUCGUAAUAAUCACUGUUUUUUAAAAAAAAACAUGAUUUACCAAAUAACUUGGAAUCGUUGUUUGUCAGCAAUUAUUAAUUGUCAUUGUGUACCAGAUAUAAAUUCAAAUAGCCUAAUAUAUCUUACAUUCCCAACUUUCCUUCAAUUGUAUCAGAUUAAAGUAUUAAACACUUUUUUAUAGAUUUUAUACAUAUUUGUGAUUAAGUUAAAAUUUCAAGUUUUUAUUUCAUAUAGAAUUUAUUCUUCCAGGUCCAAAUGAUGAUUUAGUCCAUCAUAGUCUUUCAGAUUUAGUGAAAUUGUGUUUUGGAAAGCCAUUAAAUAAGACCGAGCAAUUUUCAAAUUGGGAAAAAAUACCAUUAAGAUAUAAUCAAAUUAAAUAUGCUGGUAUGUAUACUCUAUGAUGGAAGAGACAAACUAAAUAUUCUAUUUUUAAUAUAAAUAAUCAAUAGUUAGUUGUUUUUAUAAGUUAUAAUGUUUGAUUCAUAUUGGACAUAAUUUUAACAUAUACAGGAUGCCAAAAUUGUUUUGUGCAUAGAAGUUAAAAAUACAUUUUUAAUUGAUAUUUCAGCCUUGGAUGCUUAUUGCCUAUUAGAAAUUUAUAAUGUGUUUAAAUCAGAAUGCAAAGCCAAUGGUAUUCCGUUUGAUGAAGUAUGUCAAAAAAUAUCAAACAGUGAUCAAUCAGAGACCUUGAAACCAAAACCAAGAAACAAAAAACACAAACAUGUAUUUAAAAAAAACAUUUUAAUUUUUAUCAAGCUAUGGAAUAUGCAUAAUAUAUUAAUAUGUAUUCCAGACUUAUACCGUAUCCAUAUUUUAUUAUUCCAGAAAGUACAAACAACCAAUAUAGCGUUUAAGUCGCCUCAUACUCAUGUUUCUAAUGUUAGGGAUAUUAAAUUAUUGGUACCAAACACACUGGAAAAGUUAGCCGAACGUCUAAGAAAAUGUGGUAUAGAUACUUCUACAGUCGAGAGAUCCAAAAUCAAUGAUAGUCAACAUAUAAUUAAUUUAAUUGAAACAAAAAAUUUGUAUUUUAUUGCUUUUGGAUAUGUAUUUUCUAAGGUAAAAUCAAAAAUAAAAUAAAAAAAUUAAUUUUAACUAAUUGUUAUUAUAAAUGUUCAUAAAUAAACUACAACCAAUAUAAUUCUAGUUUAUUUUUUUAAUUUCAACUUUAAAAUAAAUAUAUAUAUGUAUACAUAUGUAAUUGUAAUGUAACAAUUAUGAAAAAUAAUGAUAAAUAUAUUUGAUUUUAGGUUGCUGAAAAAUUGCGUGAUGGUCAAUGUUAUUGUGUACAGAGUCAUAAUUUGGAUGACCAAGUUCAAGAAGUGUUAAAUUACUUUAAAAUUGUUGUACAAAAAGAUGAUUUGAAUAGCCGUUGUCAGGUAAAUAUAAAACAUUUAAUUAUUCAUAUAAAAUAAUUUGGAAACUUAAAUAAGUGUUUUUAUUAUAACAAAAAAUCUUGAAAACAUGAUUAGGAAAUUAAAUUUUGUAUUCAAUAUUUUUUUUUAAAAUUUAUUUUUCAUGUAUAUAUUGUUUUCACUGAUGUUUUAAGAUUAAUAUCCCUACCAUAUUUUUGGUUAGAAAAUGUUUACCAGGCAAAUCAAUCGAGACUCAUUAUCUCAGAAAGUAUGAACUUUUUCAGAAUAUUGUUUUGUUAGAUAAAAGAAACAAACAACUCUACAAUUUUGCAUUGGUGUUAUUUUUUGGCAUCCUUAUUUUUAGAAGUAAAGCCACUACCUAAUUACGAUUUUAAAAUAGCAACUUAUAUUAAAAAUACUAUAAAUAGAUGGUAGGAUUGUUCAUGAUCCGGGCCUGUAUAAAUCACCUAAUACUUAUUAUUAUUUAUUUUAAAUUAAUACUUUAUAUCAAUAAUAUACUUGUAUUUUUGUUUUAAGUUUAGAAGUUGAAUAUUGUUGUAUUUAUACUACACAUUCUAACCUCCACAAAGACAUUAUAAGGUUAAAAAUUGAAUUUGCAUCUUACAACAAAACAAAUUACAUCUUAAAUUGAAAGCUUGACAUACAUUUUAAUAAUUUACCACUACUCUCUCCCUACCUAAACUUAAAAGCAUAUCUUAUCAAUGGAAGGAAAAAUCCAAAAAUUGUAAAACCAAGAUUUAUUUAAAUCAAUAAUCUAUUUAUCGUAUUUUUUAAUAUAGGUUGCCAUUUGAUAAUCAUUAGUAGGUAGUAGUUUUACUCCCAAAAAUUAUAUAAAUGUAAAAAUGUAGAGCUGCUUGUUUCUUAAAUUUUUUAUUGACUACUAUUCUUAUUUUGGAUAGAAUACACCAUUUCCAUUCAUCAAAAUAUAAAUUAAUAAUUACUGAUAAAAUAAUAAAGUAAAAACAUAAUUAUUAAAAUGGUUAAUAUUCGUAAAUAAAUAAAUUAAUGAAUGUGUUACCUGGAGUAUUAUGAUAAGUGUAUUAAACAACCGGUUUGGAAUUAAAAAUUCAUCAUCAGGUAUAUCACAGUCAAAAUGUAAAAUAUACAUUUAUCAUUGAUUUACUUAUUUUUAUGUAUACAUUUUUUAUUUAUAUAUUUAUUUACUUUAUUUAAUAAUUACUUUUAUGUUUCUAGUUUUGCAACAGUAAUAGUUAUGAGACAGUUAGCAAUCCAAUUAUGAAACAAAUUUUUGAUGCAAUUAAAAGUAUAAAAAACCCUAGGUCUUUUAGAAAUACUUUAUAUACUGCUGUAGAUGAAGCUGAGGACAAUGAUUUGUAUAAAUAUGAUGAGGAUUCCUCAGAUGAAGGAACAAAUCCUCCAAUAUCUGUAGUGGCUAGUUCAACUCGCUCAUCUAUACCUACUGUUGUGCCAGUAACCAAGCCAUACAGUCAAUUACUGAGUGGUUAUAUUAAUAAAAAUUGCGAGAUAAAUGUAUAUACAACUACACUUGUAUGUUUUAAAAUAAGUCUUACUAAUAAUUCUCUUUUUGUAUUACAAUUUCAGAUAAAACCAUUAUCACUAGAUAUAUUUAACGACAAAAACCGUACAUUUAACAUUUGUAACAUGUGUGGUUCAGUUAGCUGGGAUAACUCACAUUGGGAAAGUGCGCUUGGUAGUAGUUUAGAUAUGAAACAUAAAUAA